CAACCCGGAGCCGCGCGCUGUUCACCCAAUGGCGAGGGAGCCGAGCUGAUUGACGCGGCUCUCAGCCAAUAAGAGCGCAGGGCGGGCGGCUCGAAGGCGCGAGUCUGAAGGCGGGAAGCAGCCAUGGCGGAGGCGGCGCUGAGCAGCUCCGGAACGCCCCGGAAACGGAGCCGGGAGCCCGACAGCUCCUGCUGGGAGGAAUUCCGGACCCCGCUGGGCAAACGGCCCCGAGCUGCUCCGGGAUCUGCAUCCCAGAAUUCCCCAAAUUCCAAAAAUUCCCGGAAUUCUCCCAGCCCCGAGCAGGAAUCCCGGGAGAAACCGGCACCGUCCCGGAGGCUGCAGCUCCCGGCGGGAAAUCCGGGAAUUCCGGCGGGAAAUCCGGGAAUUCCGGCAGGAAAUCCGGGAAUUCCGGCAGGAAAUCCGGGAAUUGCCAGGAAUUCCCACGUUUCCGUGGGGGCGUUCUAUGGGCAGAGGAGUUACCUGGAUCCCCUGGAGAGGAAACGGCUGCGGGAGCUGCUGGGGGAGGGGAACGUCCCAGGAAAACCCGGGAAUUCCGGGAAUUUCUGGAAUUCUGGAGCUGGGAGGUUUGGCGGGAAAUCUGGGAAUUCCGCUGGGAAAUCCGGGAAUUCCAGGAAGAAUCGCAGCAGCUCCAAAGGCAAUGCCAAGGGGAAAAGCAGUGGGAAUUCUGGGAAUUUCAAAAUCGGGAAUUCCCAGAAAUCUGGGAUCGGGAAUUCCCAAAAAUCUGGGAUAGGGAAUUCCCAGAUUUCCAACGUCGGGAAUUCCCGGAUUUCCGGGAUGAGGAUUUCCCAGAAUUCAGGGAUUGGUGAGAAUUCCCAGAUUUCCAAUGCUGGGAAUUCCCAAGACUCCGAGCUUGGGAUUUCCCCGAAUUCUGGGAUUUCUGGGCUUGGGAAUUCCCAGAAUUCCGAGCGUGGAAAUUCCCAGACUUCUGAGGCUGAGAAUGCCAAGAUUGGUGUGAAUUCCCGGAUUUCCAACAGUGAGAAUUCCCAGAAUUCCAGCGGUGAGAAUUCCCAGGAUUCCAAGCUCAGGAAUUCCCCGGUUUCCGGGGUUGGUGGGAAUUCCCAGGUCGGGAAUUCCGGGAAUUCCAGGCCCGGGGAAUUCCGGGUGCUGCUGGCGGGGGUGCGGCCGCGCCUGCGGCUCCCCCUGGGCUGCGCCUUCUUCCGCAGCGGGAGCAGAUCCCGGAAAAAACCGGGAAAAUCCCAACAAACCCCGGGGGAGCCGCCCCAGGAACCGCCGGGAACGGCGCGGAAACUUCCGGAAGCGGCCGGAAGCCAGGAGGGGAAGGAAAACCGGGAAUGCUCCGAGGGAACCCCCGGGAAAAACGGCCGGGAUUGCCACGGGAAGGAGGAAUCCUCUGGAACGUGCCCGGAUUCCCAGGAUCCCCCGGCCCAGCAGGAAUCGGGCUCUCCGUGCCCGGCCGGGCUCUUCCCGAUUUUCCUGCCCAGCAGGAGGAGGCCCCUGGAGGAGCUCCCGGCUCCCUUCGGCCCCUCUGGAAAAGCUCCCAGGAAAUCCCGGGAAUCCUCGUGGGAUCAGCUGAUCAUUGACGCGGGGCAGCAGGGGCUGGGUCCCCGGCAGUGCGGAUCCUGCGGGAUGCUCUUCGCUCCCGGCGUUCCCGAGGAUCGGCUCCAGCACCUGCGGCACCACCGGAGGCUGCGGCAGGCCCUGAGACACCCGGGCUGGAAGCAGGAGCGCGUGGUGGCGGAAUUCUGGGAUGGGAGAAUCCUCCUGAUCCUUCCUGAGGAUCCCAGAUACGCCCUCAGGAAGGCCGAGGAGGUUUUGGCGGUGGUGGAUUCCGAGCUGGGUUUCCCGGAGCAUUCCCGGCCGUUCCCGGAGCAUUCCCGGCUGUACCUGUUCGUCAGCCCCGGGCAGUGCGUGCUCGGCUGCCUCGUGGCCCAGCCCAUCCGACAGGCAUUCCGGGUGCUGCCGGAGCCGGGCCUGGCGCCAUUACCGGACCCCCGGGACCCCCAGCAUUCCCAGGACCGGGAGCAUUCCCGGGGGGAUUCCCGGGAUCCGUGGGCGCGGGCCUGGCGCUGCUCGCUGUGCCCGGAGCCGGCCGUGUGCGGGAUCAGCCGGCUCUGGGUGCUGGGGGCGCGGCGGCGCCGCGGCAUCGCCCGCAGGAUGAUGGACUGCCUCCGGCGCACCUUUGUCUUCGGGGCGGUGCUGAAUUCCCGGGAUUUGGCCUUUUCCGACCCCACCUUGGACGGGAGAGGCUUCGCCGCGCGCUACUGCGGCCGCCACGACUUCCUGGUCUACAGCCCCCUGCAGCACGGCCCACAGCCGGGAUCACCACCGGGAUCUGCUCCGGCAUCCGCACUGGGAUCCACGGCACUGGGAUCGGAUCCGGGAUCAGCACCGGGAUCUGCACUGGGAUCCACGGCACCGGGAUCGGCUCCGGGAUCAGCCACACCAGGACUGGCACCGGGAUCCACUCUGGGAUCAGCACCGGGAUCCACAGCUCCGGGAUCAGCUCCGGGAUCCACAGCUCCGGGAUCCACUCUGGGAUCAGCACCGGGAUCCCCAGCUCCGGGAUCAGCACCAGGAUCCACAGCUCCGGGAUCCACAGCUCCGGGAUCCACUCCGGGAUCAGCACCAGGAUCCACAGCUCCGGGAUCAGCUCCAGGAUCCACAGCUCCGGGAUCCACACCAGAAUCAGCUCCGGGAUCCACUCUGGGAUCAGCACCGGGAUCCACAGCACCAGGAUCAGCACCGGGAUCAGCACCGGGAUCACCAGGAUCACUGGGAUCCAUGGCUCUGGGAUCAUCGGGAUCGGCACCGGGAUCAGCACCAGGAUCCACGCUGGGAUCAGCAGCAGGAUCCGGACUGGGAUCAGCACUGGGAUCCACACCGGGAUCACCAGGAUCCACACCAGGAUCGGCAGGAUUGGGAUCAGGAUCAGCAGGAUCGGGAUCAGCACUGGGAGCAGCGGAAGCAGCGGGAUUGGGAUCAGCAGGAUCGGGAAUCCUUCCCUAAAUCCCUCCCAAAUCCUCCAUUCCCUUGGCAAUCCCUCCUUUCCCUUGGGAACGCUUCCUGUGCUGGGAUCCUUCCCUAAAAUCCCAAACCUUCCCUUCAUCCCUUUGGAAUCUUUCCCUCCCUUGGGAAUCCUUCAUUCCUUCCUUUCCCUUGGGACUCUUUCCCUAAAUCCCUCCCAAAUCCCUCGUUCCCUUGGCAAUCCCUCCCUUUGGGAAUCCUUCAUUCCCUUGGGAAUCUUUCCCUUUCCCUUCCCAAACCUUCCCUUCUCCUUUUCCUGGCAUCCUUCCCUUCCUUUCCUUGGGAAUGCUGAGCUCCCUUGGAAUCCAUUCCUUCCCUUGGGAAUCCCUCAUUCCCUCGGGAACCCUUCCCUAAAUCCCUCCCACAUCCUUCAUCCCCUUGGAAUCUCUCCUUUCUUUGGGAAUCUUUCUCUUCCCAUGGGAAUCCUUCCCUAAAUCCCUUCCAGAUCCUUCAUUCCCUUGGGAAUGUUUCCCUUGCUUGGGAAUGCUGAGCUCCCUCGGGAAUCCUUCCCUGGAUCCCUUCCCAACCUUCCCAAAUCCUUCAGUCCCUUCGGAAUCCUUCCCUUGGGAAUCCCUCAUUCCCGUCCUUUCUUUGGGAUUCCUUCCCUUGGGAAUUCUUUCCCUUGGGAAUCCUUCCCUGAAUCCCGGCUCAAUCCUUCCCUUUCCUCAGGAAUCCUUCGUUCUGUCCCUCCUUCCCUCGGGAAUCCCUCCCUGGAUCCCUUCCCUCCCCCAUCCUUCGUUCCCUUGGGAAUCCCUCACUCCCUUCCUUUCUUUGGGAAUUUUUUUCUUCCCUUCCCUUGGGAAUUCUUUCCUUUCUGGAAUCUUUCCCUUCCCUUUCCAUGGGAAUCCUCCCUUGGGAAUCCCUCACUCCCUUCCUUUCUUUGGGAAUCUUUCCCUUCCCUUCCCUUGGGAAUUCUUCCCUUUCUGGAAUCUUUCCCUUCCCUUUCCAUGGGAAUCCUUCCCCAAAUCCCUCAUUCCCUUGGGAAUCCUUCCCUUGGGAAUCCCUCAUUCCCUUCCUUUCUUUGGGAAUCUUUCCCUUCCUUCCCUUGGGAAUUCUUCCUCUCCUGGGAUCGUUCCCUUCCCUUUCCAUGGGAGUCCUUCAUUCCCUUGGGAAUCCUUCCCAAAUCCCUCUGGAUCCUUCAUUCCCUUGGGAAUGUUUCCCUCCCUUGGGAAUGCUGAGCUCCCUUGGGAAUCUUUCCCUUUCCCUUCCCUUGGGAAUCCUUCCCCAGAUCCAUUCCUUAAAUCCCUUCCCUAAAUCCUUCAUUCCCUUGGGA